GGUCCCCCAAGCCAAGCAAUGUGGGCACUAGGAGAUAAAAUUGCCUCUUCUAUAGUGGCGCAAACUGCAGGCAUUCCUACCCUUCCAUGGAGUGGCAGUGGUCUCCAAGUGGAUUGGCAAGAAAAUGACUUUCAGAAGCGGAUCUUGAAUGUUCCCCAGGAGCUGUAUGAGAAGGGCUGUGUGACAGACGUGGAUCAUGGCCUGCGGGCUGCUGAAGUUGUUGGUUACCCAGUCAUGAUCAAAGCCUCCGAAGGAGGGGGAGGAAAAGGAAUUAGGAAAGUAAACAAUGCUGAUGAUUUUCCCAACCUCUUCAGACAGGUACAAGCUGAGGUGCCCGGAUCACCUAUCUUCGUGAUGCGUCUUGCCAAGCAAUCCCGCCACCUUGAGGUCCAGAUCCUUGCGGACCAAUAUGGCAAUGCCAUCUCCCUCUUUGGCCGAGAUUGUUCCGUGCAGCGCCGGCAUCAGAAGAUUAUUGAGGAAGCUCCAGCAUCUAUUGCAACAUUGGCUGUCUUUGAACACAUGGAACAGUGUGCAGUGAAACUUGCCAAGAUGGUAGGCUAUGUCAGUGCCGGGACGGUGGAAUACCUUUACAGCCAGGAUGGGAGUUUUUACUUUUUGGAGCUAAACCCUCGGCUGCAGGUCGAGCAUCCUUGUACAGAAAUGGUGGCCGACGUGAACCUGCCUUCUGCUCAACUCCAGGUAAGUUGAGAAGACUUGCUGGAAGGAAGAGGCUAGUUGCCAAG